AUGACAUCCAAUUCUGGCUGGAAGUCGGAUAUCGGGUUUGCAGAUCGCUUAUCGAAUCUAAGAUUAAUAAUUGCGGCGUACCAACGCGCGGUGCCGUCCGACAAUUUCUCGGAAGCUCAUGCAGAGGCAACGAAGCUAGAAAAUAAUGCUUUCAGCCAGGCUCCAAGUAAAGAACAGUAUCAAUCCGAAUGUCAAAAGGCCAUUGACGACCUGGAUAAUCGAGAGCAGCCCGCCUUCCCUAUCAAUGUGCCCGACGCCAUUGACGAUGAAAAUGUAAAUGAAGCGCCAGACACGCACUCUCCCCCGGCCUCUGGCGGGAAAAAAAUCGGCCCGUACGAGAACGCCAUAUACCACCAAGAAGGCAUAUUCUCCGUGGUAUACAAAGCGAAAACAAGCACGGGAGCAACCGUGGCGCUUAAGCUGACCACGCCGCAUAUGAUGUCACCGCCACACGACUCGAAACGCGAAGCGCGAAUCCUCAGCGCCCUUUCAGACCCCAACGUCAUCCCACUGCUCGACACCUUCACCGAACCAGGCGGCCACUUCAUCCUCGUCUUCCCAUUCAUGCCCUUACACUUCGAUGAGCUGCUGCACCGCAACGUGCUCUCGGCGCAUCAAAUCCGGCAGCACCUGCGAGAUCUCUUCCGCGCGCUCGCCUACGUCCAUUCACAGGGGAUCAUCCAUCGGGACGUCAAGCCGUCGAACAUCCUCCUGCGCGACCCGAACGGGCCGGCGUAUUUGGCCGAUUUUGGAAUCGCCUGGUCACCCGCCGACGAGGGCUCUGAAGACGCGGCUAAGAAAAUCUCCGAUGUGGGCACGACGUGCUACCGGCCUCCUGAGAUCCUGUUUGGGGAUAAGAGGUACGGCACUAGCCUUGAUAUGUGGGCGGCUGGCUGCGUGGUUGCGGAGGCGAUGGAUAUCAACCACUGUCCACUUUUUGAUGCGGGGGAGUUGGGGAGUGAACUGGCGUUGUUGCAGUCGAUUUUUGUGAAGCUGGGGACGCCGAAUGGAGAGUCAUGGCCUUCAAACAAAACCCUUCCCGAUUGGGGAAAGAUACAGUUCAAGGAAUAUCCACCGAAACCGUGGACGGAAAUACUAAGCGGCGCAUCAUCCAACGGGCGCGAUCUGGUCAGUAAACUGGUGCAGUAUGAGAGUAGCGAGAGGCUGUCAGCUGCUGAGGCUUUGGAACAUCCGUACUUGAGCUUCGAGACAAGUGUGAAGCAAUAA